UAGAUAAUAGAGAGUGUGUUUUUUUGGACUCAUAUAUCCUUGAAGAAGAGAAGCUUCAUCCAUUCAACCCAAUCCAAGAAAGUAAGAAACACACGGCGGAGAUGGCCACAGGAAGCCUCAACCUAAACCUAAACCUACUGGUCCUGAACCCGACGGUGGCAUUCCCUGCGGCGCGCCCCACGGUGUGGCCGGCAGGCGCGGCGUCCGUGACUGUGAGUCGUCGGUUGCCGUCGGUGCGCGCGACGGUGGACGAUUUCUUGGGGGAUUUCGGGGCGAGGGACCCUUUCCCUGCUGAGUUGGAGAGUGGGUUCGGAGAGAAAGUGUUGGGAUACGGUAACACUGAGCACAAAAUUCUUAUCCCCAAUAUCUCUGCUCUCUCCCUCUCGCAGCAGGACUGUGCCCCCAUUUCCCCUCUCCAGCCCCCCAUCUCCAAAGAUGAUGCACAAACGCUCGUUCGAAAGGUUGUGGGUUGGAGACUUGUGGAUGAGGAGGGUGCACUUAAACUAAAAUGCUUGUGGAAAUUGAGAGAUUUUAAAUGUGGGGUUGAACUCAUUAACAGGAUCUCUAAGGUUACAGAGGCUGCAGGCCAUUUCCCAAAUAUAUACUUGGAACAACCGAAUCAAGUCAGAGCAGAACUAUGGACAGCUUCCAUUGGAGGUUUAAGUAUGAAUGAUUUCAUUGUUGCUUCCAAGAUAGAUGAAAUAAAGACAUCAGAUCUUGUCCCAAGGAAAAGAGUUUGGGCUUGAUGCCCCAUGAACUCCAUAAAACAUUUUGGCAUGCUAUUUUCUUCAACAAAGAAUUAUCACUAGUUUGUUUGUUCUAUUUGAUUAUAUAUUAUUCUUUGCCCUUAGUUUUUGUUGUUUCA